AUGCUGCAGGUGACAAACUACGAGCCACAAAGCACCAUGUUCAAGCGACUAGCACGGCUCCACUAUCGUGCAGCAGAGCUUCGACGGCAGCGGAAGUGGGAUACAGCAUCAGCUGUCUAUCGCACAGCCCUGACAUUGUACACAAGCAUGCCGCCGACGAAGGAAGUGCCUUCUUUCGCUGCUGCUGCUUGCACGUGGCUGAACCUGGCCUUGACGGAGAAGAACAAUGGCCACUUUGACACGGCUCGUCGUGUUUUCCAAGAUGGUACACGAUUCGUUCAAGAAUUGAUGCAGAAGGACUUGGACGUGUGGAUUGAUGGGCAAAACCGUCUGCGCUCACGCACUGUAGACGCAACAUCGAGCUCGGAGGUUCAGGUGGCGUGCAAGUGGCUUGCGACUCUGCUGGUGGCGUGGGGCCUCCUGGAGACCAAGCUCGGCUUCCGGUUGCGAGCAAAGGUGUUGGCUGAGCGUGCAGCAAACCUGGAUGGCAGCAAGGCCAAGGUUUUAUCCUGGAAGGUGGUGCAGGGCGUCUAA